AAGGUUUUUGUUUCUAUGGCCAAACGCGUACUAAAUCUUGUUAUUAUAAUAUUUUUGAGAUCACGAUUUUUCCUUGUCAACAGUGAACACUUGUCUUUCUCUCUCUGAUUUGCAAAACCCAUUUUGAGAACCCAAUAAUUCAGAUUUGAAAAUUGAAAGAAAAUGGGGUUCGUGGUGACAAGUCUAAUAUUUGCUGUGGUUGGAGUUAUUGCAUCCUUUGGUGCUGGAAUCUGCUGUAACAGAGGACCUUCCACUAAUCUGUUACACCUGACAUUGAUUAUCACUGCUACAGUAUGCUGUUGGACGAUGUGGGCAAUCGUGUACCUUGCGCAGUUGAACCCGCUCAUUGUACCAGUCUUGAGUGAAGGAGAAUGAGAUGCUCAUGGAAAGCCAGCAGUUGUUUAUUAUUCAUGGAAGAUUAAUGAGAGGAAGAAGUAUUUUGAGGCAUGUAGUAGUUGAAGUAGUUUGUGGAUACUAUAAUAAAAUCUUUUGUAGAUUCAUACAGUAACUAUGCUCUAGUUCAAAAUCCUUUUAGACCUUUCUCUGAGCUUUGGUUUAAUGGCAGAAAUUAUAGAUGGAUGAUGUAACUGGUUGCUCUUACUAUCUGCUUUUUGAAUAAAAUCACUAUGCAUCUGCACUUGUUUUCA